CAUUCCAACCAGCUUAUUGCUAAAGGAUGCGUCUGUGCGGUCUGCCGUUCGUCCGAGUCUGUGAUGGUGUUUGACACUUGGUUGGAUCGAGACCAUGACCAACAACAACAACAAGCCGUUGUUGUUUCUACACUAAACAAGGGUAUCUUCUAGCUAGUAAGUAAGACAAUAAUACUAUGGGCAACCAACCAUCCGGCCCCGGAGGCCAAGGAGGUGGAGGAGGAGGAGGCAGCCACGGACAUCAACACCAUGGAGCUCCAGAUCCUCGCAGUGGCCGCAGUGGCAACGGGUACGGGUACAAUCUUCCUCCUGGCGGCGUCAGUCACUCGUACCAUGGCACCACGGCCACGGCGACUCCGCAAGAUCCGACACAACAACUCCAACGUUCGUCGAGUGAUGCCAGCAUGACCAUGCUAGAUGAAGGCACUAGUAGUAGUGCGCCCGUGGAUCCGGCGACGAUUGAAUCCUUUUUGAAUGACGAUACGGUCCCGACUGUAUUUCGCUGGGAACACGGCGGUCGUCAAGUUUACAUUACGGGCACAUUCAAUGGCUGGUCGCGUCAAAUUCCCAUGCAUCGUUCCGGUAAUGAUUUCACGUACAUUCACAAUUUGAAACGAGGCAAACACGCCUUUAAAUUCAUUGUCGAUGACGAAUGGCGCUUUGCACCCGAUCAACCGACCGUGGCCGACAUUGAAGGCCGCAUCAACAACUUUAUCGAUGUCACUGACUUUAAAGCGUACACGGGAGAUCGAGAAUUCGAAAAGGAAAAAGCGGCGGCGGAAUAUGGAUCGUCUCAUAUCGAUACCGAAGCGUUGGCGGGAGAAGACAAGGAUGCCAAAGAAGGAAAAGCCAGUACUACUACUACUGCAGAAGAGGACGACCCCAAAGACAAACCCGAUCGCGACGGAGAAGUCUUUUCGAAUACCAUGCCCGAUAUGGACGACUAUACCAAAGAACCACCGCCGUUGCCACCGCAUUUGCGACAUAUCAUUCUCAACAAACCACCCCAGUUGCAAGAUACCGCUGCCUUGCCUGUUCCACAACACGUCGCACUCAAUCAUUUAUAUUGUACCGCCAUUAAAGACAACAUGAUGGUAUUGGGAAUCACACAACGAUACAAGACAAAAUUCGUUACGACCGUCUAUUACUCACCUUGUGCUUCCAAGUAAUUAUCUAACUAAAUCUAUAUGUAUCUAUAAUAAGUGUCUUUUUGUUUACAU